AUGACCCGACAGUUAUUUAAGGAUUGGUUUUUCAAUGAGUUUGUCCCCAAAGUCACGGCAUUUUUGGAAGAUGCUAACCUGCCGGUAACGGCCCGCUUAGUUUUGGACAACUGUUCCGCACAUUGCAGCACCGACCAGCUUAGAAGUGCUGAUGGAGCAUUCUCUACGACGUUUCUACCACCAAACACAACAGCCUUGUUGCGACCAAUGGACCAAAACGUUAUCCAGAUGGUCAAGUCCAACUACAAGCAAAAGCUUAUGCGUGAGCUUCUUGGACGCCAAGGAGAAUUCGAUGACAUGGUGAAGCGAAUUAACAUCAAGGAUGCUAUGUUUUGGGAAGCCGAGGCCUGGGACGAGGUACCGGCUGAAUCCAUUGCUAAGACUUGGAAGUUGCUUUACCCAGAAACAGAAUUCGAUGAUGACGAUGACAUUCCGUUGUCGGUUGUACGAGAACGCUUACUUUCGAUUAAGCAGAAAUUGAUUGACCAGGACAAUGCCGUGCAGGAAGAGGACAUGGAGUUUGACGUCCUGAACGACGAUGAUAUUGUUAACGUCGUUUUGAACCCAAACACAUCGUUUUACGAUGGCAACAAUACGGUUUCAACUGUCGAAGGGGCAAAUGCGUUAUCAGUUUUGGAAUCGCAUCAGAAUGAUAUGGAUGACGAUGCUGGAAGCUCUGUUUCACAAGAAACAGCUUUAUCUGGAAUCGAUCAAGUAAUUGCUUGGGCAGAGGAGAAUGGACUACCAUUGGAAUCACAGUUCCUGCUGCGAGAAGGAGGUUACAAUCAUCAAAAGGAACUUCCCGGUGACCGGAAAGUGUAA